AUGACUUCGUCCCGCAGCUCAACUCGUAUUGUUGAGCUAGAGUUGAGUCAUAUUUCAAGCCUUCCUCCCGCCGACGGGGGCCGAGAUGCCUGGAAGUUCUUGAUCGCUAGCUUCAUUAUCGAAGCUGUCCUUUGGGGCUUCCCUCUGGCAUUUGGCGUUUUUCAAGACUACUACCCGCGUCUACCCGAGUUUCAAGAUGAUCCUAAUAUCGUCGUGAUCGGUACUGUGUGCACCAGUAUCUACUUCCUGGGCGCACCAUUUGUCACGCCUCUGGUCAGGAAAUGGCAGCGAUGGCAGAGACAAUUUGUUGUCGCCGGAUGGGCUAUAUGCGUUCUCUCGCUACUGGCAGCCUCAUUCGCAAACUCGGUACCAACUCUGAUUGCCACUCAGGGAUUUAUUUACGGCCUUGGGUUCACUAUUUUAUACUUCCCAGUCUUGAGCAUGCUCAAUGAAUGGUUCAUAUUCCGACGUGGACUUGCCUUUGGGGUUCUCUCAGCCGGGGCAGGUUUGAGCGGCGGUGUUCUACCUUUUCUCCUUGAGCUCUCGCUGCACAAAUACGGAUACAAAACGACACUCCGAGCUGCCGCUGUCGCACAAUUUGUCCUUGUUGCGCCUAUCUUGCCCUUGCUCAAGCCACGGUUACCACCUAGCAUCCGAACACAGCUGCCCGCCAUGGACUUCAAGUUUUUGUCACAUCCGUUGUUCUACUGCUUUGCUCUUUCUAACCUCAUCCACGGAUUCUCAUACUAUGUUCCCUCUCUGUACCUCCCGUCCUACGCUUCGUUACUCGGGUACUCGUGGGCAACUAGAGCUUUGAUCCUCUCUGCCAACAGCCUGGCCAGCAUAUUCGGACAGAUUGGUUUUGGCUUUCUCUCUGACCGCACCCACAAUAUCUUCAUCCUCAUUUUCAUCUCAGCUUUUACAUCUGCGUUGACUGCCUUUUUCCUCUGGGGUUACGCAAAGUCUUUGGGGCUGCUCUUGGCCUUCUCAAUCCUAUAUGGUUGGUUCGCAGGUGCUUAUGUCGUCUUUUGGCCAAAGUUUGGAUCGAUCCUUUCUGAAGACCCCCAGCUCGUGUACAGCCUGAUGGCAUUCGGCAAAGGGAUUGGAAAUAUUGUUACUGGACCAAUCACGACUCACUUGCUGUCCCGACCAGUGACUUCGGGAUAUGGGAUGGGAAAGUAUGAACCAUUGAUUCUGUAUCUCGGUAUCUCCAUGCUUUGUUCCUCUCUUGGCAUCCUGGGUUGGGCAAUCUAG